CUGGUUUUCGAGAGAACAGUGAACAGGAAUAUUUUUCGACUCUUUAAUUUCCUUCCGCGUUCAUGACUUAAAAUAUCACACAUCACGUAUCAUUUCAAACCGGUAUAAUAGCGCUCUCACACAAUCUCAUAAUCGUGAUUCACUCUUUGUUGACACUAAUUCGAUUUGUUGUGAUUUCAUCGAAAAUUUUACUUUUCGCUAAAUCACACACACACACACACGUAUAUAUCUAUAUAACGUUGAAACGUUUUUAUUAUAUAUAGAGACUCUUCAAAAGUAUAUUCUCAAACAUUUCUCCUCGCGUACAGUUGUGUUCUCGCGCUCCGAAAAAUCAGGCAAAAAUUAUUCGGUUUUGAAGGAAAAAAGGAAAAGAAAUUGUUUAUUAUUUUAUUGUAUGUCUUGUGUUUGGAAUUUUAUUUUCGUUAAAUUUUCUGAAUUCAAAAUUUUAAUAAAAGUUUUUUGUAACUUUAGAAGUUUGUUGUUUAAAUAUUGCUUGAAAACGCUCGAAUGAAAUCGUUUAUUGAAAAGUGUAAAACGUGUUUGACAAGUCUGCUCAGUACCUGGGGAUAGGGUUUUAUGGAGUUAUUAAUGGACUAAAGAAAAUUAAGAAAAGAAAAUGGGAACUAGGGCAGUGGCGGUUGGUGGAUCAACAGGAGCUGUUGUUACCGGAGAGGCUGGACUCGCUGGGGUUCCAAGACUUUUAGAAGAUUUAGCCAGGCUUUCAGAGGACAAAGAAUCCGCUGAUAUUGUCUUUCUUCUAGGAAGGGACGAAACUCCCGUUUAUGCCCAUAGAAUUAUUCUUCAAGCAAGAUGCAAAAAUUUCACGGGAGCCAAAAGAAUUGGAGCACCCGGAAAUCCAGCUCCCGUUCGUAUGCCACACGCUCAUCCAGAAACAUUUCGUCAAUUCGUUCAUUAUAUCUACACGGGAAAGAUAAUGCUUCAAGACAGUGGAAUUUUUGAAAUGCUCGGACUUGCACAGGAAUUAGGCGUCGAGGAACUUUGGAGAAGCUGCGAAGAACACGUGUCGGCGACACUCAGUCCCGGAAAUGCUUGCGCCCUUCUCACUGCAGCUCUUGAUGCUCAAGAGCGAGUUCUUGGAGGCAAAGGAGCGUGUUCGUCAUUUAUCGAGAGAUGUUUCGCAUUCAUAGGGGAAAAUGCAGUGGACACUGUGAAAACUCCGGCUUUUUGCAAUCUACCGAAAGACGCUUUGGUGAAAUUGAUUUCUUCCGAUUAUCUUGGUCUUGAGGAGGAAGAUGUCUGGAGAGCCGUUUUAAAUUGGGCAAAAUACCAGGCUGGAGUCACACAACCAACGCAACAUUGGACUGAGGAAGAACGCGCCAGGGUCUGUCAACAUUUAGCCGGAGUGAUUGGUCACGUGCGUCUUUUGCUGAUUGACAGUCAAGUUUUUGCAGAGGAAGUCGAGCCAACUGGAGCAGUUCCCAUAGAAAUGUCAUUGGAGAGGUACGAAUUUUUCAAUGCCGAUCGAUCGAGCCACUCAAAAUCCUCAAGAUACAGGUAUGCAGCCUUGCCGAAUAAAUAUGCCGAGGUGUGCGCUGACAAAAGACUGCAACCUAGAGUUAGUCCAUUUCUAUUUCCUGGAUCACAAAUUCUCUCGAGGAAUAAAAUGCCUUUUCAACGUUUACUCAAUCAGUGGUUUGGUGUUCCGAAACAAACCUGGCAUUUAGUUUAUCGGGCUUCUAGACAUGGUUAUUCAGCUUCUGCUUUUCAUCGUCAUUGCGACGGAGUUUCUCCAACUUAUGUGAUAGCUGUGGGCUCUCGAGGUGAAAUUUGCGGUGGAUUCAGUGACGUUCCUUGGGGAAAAACAAAUGCCAAAGGACACUAUGUUCCAUCUGAGAAAGCUUUUCUCUUCACAUUAACGAAUAAUCAAGACGUUCCGCCAACGAAAUUUGACAUUGUCAAGAAACCGUUUGCAAUAUGCUAUCAUCCAGAUAUUGGACCGAUUUUUGGAGCUGGCGCUGAUCUUCUGAUUUCUAAUAAUUGCAACGCCAAUAUGGACAGUUACAGUAAUUUACCCCACAGUUAUGAUGGGGAGCAUGCAUCGAAUUCAUUACUCAUGGGAGAUUAUCAUUUUACUGUGGUUGAUUACGAAGUUUUCACUCCAAGCAACGCGUUUCUUAAAUCACCCCAUUAAGCUCGCUUUACUGAGUAAGAUUAUGUAAAUAUAUAUUUAAAAAUGACUUCAUAUCCGAAAAAAAGAGACAAGCUCAACAAAAAUAGACUUUCCAAUAGAAUACUCAUAAUUUAUCUGUUAUUUAUGUUGCCUGUGAACAUACGAUUUAGAUCUUAAAGUGAUUAUUACAAUAAAUAAUUUUUUAAAGUGUAAAA